AUGCGUAUUCUAUUGAGACUGGUUCUGUGGUUCGCUUUCCCUUUUGCGUUGGCUGUCCCGGCGCCAGACAAAAGAGUAGCUGGCCCGACGGUUACCAUCCGCAAGCCCGAGGCCACUGUUGUUGGCUCCUUGGGCGUUGACAAGAUUGAGAAAUUCAAUGGCAUCCCAUUUGCACUGCCUCCGAUUGGUUCCCUUCGGUUAAAGCCACCUCAGCCAAUCCGAACCUCCCUCGGCACUAUCAAAGCUACAUCCGUCGCUAGAUCCUGCCCGCAAUUCUUGUUCAGCACCGAUAAAAAGAACAUCCCCAGCUCCAUACUUGGGAAGCUUUCGAAUGUGCCCAUCUUUCAAGAAAUUACCAACUCUGGCGAAGAUUGUUUGACCCUGGAUGUGCGUCGCCCAGCUGGGACCAAGGCCGGCGCAAAUCUACCAGUGCUGAUUUGGAUUUAUGGCGGCGGCUUUGAGCAAGGUUCCACCGCGGAGUAUGAUGGCGCAAGGUUUGUGGCAAGCUCUGUGGCAUUGAACAUGCCGGUAAUCUUUGUGGCAAUGAACUAUCGCCUCGGAGGAUUUGGAUUCCUUCCGGGCGCAGAGAUCUUUCGAGAUGGUUCAUCCAAUCUCGGGCUCUUGGACCAGCGUCUUGCUUUGGAGUGGGUCGCAGACAAUAUUGCUGCAUUUGGAGGUGAUCCAUCCAAAGUUACUAUCUGGGGUGAGUCUGCUGGAUCCAUCUCUGUGUUUGACCAGAUGGCGUUGUAUGAUGGGGACCAUAUGUACAAUGGCACGCCCCUAUUCCGCGCUGCAAUCAUGAACUCUGGCAGCAUCGUACCAGCUAAUGAUAUUGACGGCAUCAAAGGCCAAGCUGUCUACGACACUGUUGUGGAAAACGGUGGCUGUCGGGGAGCAACUGACACCCUUGAAUGUCUCCGCGGGCUGGAUUAUACCAAAUUUCUCAAUGCCGUCAACUCUGUCCCAGGCAUCUUGGGUUACAAUUCUGUCGCCGCGUCAUACCUACCUCGUCCAGAUGGUAUGGUAUUGACAGAAUCGCCAGAACAACUGGCCAGGAAGGGGAAAUACGCCUCAGUGCCAUUCAUCAUCGGCAACCAAGAAGACGAGGGUACUGUCUUCGCUCUGUAUCAGAAUAAUCUGACAACUACCGAGCAAAUCGUCGAUUACCUCCAAAAUUUGUAUUUCUUCGACGCCUCCAGACAACAGAUCACAGAUCUUGUCGCUACCUACCAAACCGUCGAAGAGGACGGCUCGCCCUUCCGCACAGGGCCCUUGUACAAUUGGUACCCUCAAUACAAACGACUUGCAGCUAUUCUGGGUGAUCUUUCAUUUACCCUCACGCGCCGGAUCUUUCUGAACUAUGCUCAGAAAGCAAAACCCAACGUCCCAUUCUGGUCCUAUCUGGCGUCCUAUGACCAUGGGCUGCCCUUCCUAGGAACCUUCCAUGGAUCGGAUGUCAUUCAAGUCUUCUAUAGCAUUCUUCCAAACUACGGAUCUAGAUCUCUGCAUUCAUAUUACCUAUCGUUUGUAUAUGAUCAGGACCCCAACACGAGGGCCUCGGAGUAUAUGAACUGGCCGCAAUGGGGUAAUAAUCACUCGCUGAUGAAUUUCUUCCACGAUCACGGCGCGCUGUUGCCGGAUGAUUUCCGUCAAGAUUCCUACGAUUACAUGUUUGCAAACCUUGCUGCAUUGCAUAUCUGA